AUGUCAUCACCAACUCUGGCAACGAUUCAAACUCAAAUAAUUCUCUAUGCAAAUUCAAUUGUUGUUAUUCUUGGUGAUAUCGGUAAUAUAUUCAUUACUAUAAUUUUUCUUCGACAACACCAAAAUACAUGUUCAAUGUAUUUAAUUAGUGCAGCAAUAUUCAAUACUUUUUAUUUAACAUUUAAUCGUUUAGUACAAAUAUAUCCGUUUUAUUACCGGGAUGGAACAAUACGGGCAUUUUUUCUAUGUAAAAUUCGUUCAUACCUUCCCACUGUUAUUGGACAAAUAGCUAAGACAAUGGUUGUCUUUGCAUGUAUUGAUCGAUAUCUAAUUACAAGUGAACAUGCAAAUUUUCGUGCAUUUAGUACUCCAAAACGUGCCAAAUAUUUUAUACUUUUUUCAAUUAUUUUUUGGACAUUAUUUGCGAGUCAUAUUGCAGUAAUGUCAACAAUCACUAAUGGACUGUGUGUUACAUCUGGUACUUAUUCAACAAUUUUUAGCAUUUUUGUUAUAAUAUUUAUUGGUUCCUUGCCACCUGUUACAAUGGGUAUAUGUGUAUAUUUAACUUAUCGUAAUAUGAAACGAAUACAUGGUCGUAUUCAACCAGUUAUAAACACUAUAAGUGAUGGAAAUAGUAAUAUUCGACAACGAGAUCGAGAUCUAUUAAUUAUUGUCGUUAAUGAAGUAUUUCUUUAUGUUUUAACAGCAUCUCUAUAUCCAUUAAUUCUUGUAGAAACAAUGAUUACUACUUAUACAAUGUCAAAUAAGAGUGCUCUACAUUUACAAAUUGAAACUUUUAUACUUAAUAUUGCAUAUUUAUUACUAUUUGUGAAUAGUGGUGUACCUUUUUAUAUUUAUCUUUUUUUAUCAAAAUCAUUUCGUCGAGAUUUUAAACAAUUAUUCAUAUAUAUCUAUCAGAAACUAACAAGACAAACACAAAUUGUAUCUCUUCGGAGAGCAUCUAGAACAAUUGAAAGAAAUACUCGAGUUUAA